AUGAGCUCCCGUUGGUGCCAGACAGAUUCGGCACAACGUAACUGCACAAACCAGCCGGCACACUCAUUACGCUGGAGAACGUUCGCUCAUGCUCUUAUUAGGGAUGAUUUUCUACUUGAGUGUCAACUACUUCUGUUGUCGUUCAGCAUUGGAAUCCAAGAUGCCGCUUCCUUCCCUGACUAUCACUGCUUUGCAUCCAAUCAAACGGGAAACACAGUUCUCCUCGCAGUUGGGGUGGCCAAGCUCACGACCCUUUUUUCACUCUCUAACAUCGGCAUCUCUCUCUCCAUGUUCGUCCUCGGCGGCUUCCUCCCCGGACAAGUAGGAAACUACUUCGGUCCUCGAAAACGGUGGUGGUUAAUGGCCAGCUCUAUAAUCCAAACAGCGCUCGUAUUCAUUGCAGCUGGUAUACAAUACGCCGGUCCCAGUCCAGUGGAGGACACUGGACCUCACGCAUUAGCAGUGAUUUCGCUGCUGGCUUUUAGUUCUGGGGCCCAGGUUGCAAUGGCAAGGGGACUUCAGGUCACGGAAAUCACAACCGCGAUGGCAACUGCGGCAUAUGUGGAUAUUUUCAUUGAUAAAGAGAUGUUUGCACAAAAGAAUAGAAGGAGGAAUAGAAGGAUUGCAUUUUUGUUAAGUUUGUUUGCUGGGAGUUUCGCCGGCGCGUUUGCGUAUAAAGCACAAGGAAGUCCUUUUGCAUUAAUUGUGAGUGGGAUCGGGAAGGCACUUGUGACCAUCAGCUUAGUAGCUAAUAGAGAUAUGGGGGAGGAGGAUAUUCGCAUUGAGAAGAGAGGAGGAAUAGUUUAG